UUUUCUUCUCGACUGGUCCUGUUUAACUGAAAUGUCUCGUCCGAUAUACGGUCCUCCAUCCAUGAUGAGGAGCCACUGGUGCCUCUGCGGGUUCAGGACCCCGAGAGGAAGCUCUUCACCUGUGGGUGCGGCACAACAGAAGAACAGCCGAGCCAGAGCACUUCCAAUGACACCCCAGCCCCGGAGAGGCCAAUGUGUCAGCCCUGCAGCUCCGCAACUGCAGCAUCUGAGGAGCAUGAAGUAGAAGAACAGGUAACAAGUCAUGUAGAAGAACAGGAAGGAACAUCUCUACAGGACAUUCUAACAGAAGGGGAGAAGCAAGAUGGGGAGUCAUCUUAUGAAUCGCACAAGGAGAAGGUGGAGAAUGAAUCUGUUGCCUCAACUGCAGAAGAGUUUGCGGAUGAGGGAGGAGAAAGCGAAGCAGAGGAAGAGUUUCCUCAUGUUGGAGGACAUGGUGCUGAUCCCGAAGGGGAAGAACCAACAGAGGGACUGGAACCGCAUAUGAAGGAGGCGAAAGAAGAGGAACAAAUUAUGCUGAAGAAUCUCAUGGAGGAGGAAGUCUCACCAGAGAAGAUUCCUGACAUGGCUGCUGAACCUAGAGAGCCAGAAGAGACCAACUCUGAAACAGAAGUGAUACCAGAACAUGAAGUCGAAUAUGACACUGAUCCAGAAGUUAUGUCAGAACCUGAAGCAGAGUAUGAAGCAGAACCAGAAACUGAAGAUGAUGAUACAGAAGCAGAAGCAGAUAAUACUGAACCAGAACCUGAAACAGAAUUUGAUGUAGGACCAGACAUCACAGAUGAGGAUGCUGAACCAGAACAUAAUGCAGAACCAGAAGUGACAUUAGAACCUGAGGUAGACGAUGGCCCAAAUCCACAACCUGAAGCUGUAGAUCAAGGUGAACCAGAGGUGGAAGCAAAUCCUGAAGAAGAAAUACAGAAAAUUCCAAAUGACACUGAAGUAGAGGCGAUUUUACAACCUGAAGCAGAGACGCUGGUCAUUCCUGAAGUGGAGAUUCCUGAAGAAGUCAUACCACAGUUGGUUGAGGAGGCAACAGUGGAAGAUUCGGGAGAGGAAACAGUGGAGAAGGCUCCUGCGGUGGAGGACACUCCUGUAGAGGUCAAGGAACCUACAGUGUCUAAGGACGAAGGAGAAGUAAAUGAGGGUCCAGUACUGAGGGACCUCUCCCACAUUGAGGACACACUGCGACUGGCUGCUGCCGAACCCUCAGCACAGUUGACAGCGGCAAUGAAGAAGCUGCUGAACAUCUACCACACUGCCAUCAAACCAGUAGAGCAAGCCUACAGGUACAAUGAGCUGCGGCAGCAUGAAGUCACAGAUGGAGAAAUCACCUCAAAGCCUAUGGUUUUGUUCAUUGGACCCUGGAGUGUGGGCAAGUCCUCUAUGAUCAACUACCUGCUGGGUCUUCAUGGCACGUCACAAGAACUCUAUACAGGUGCUGAACCGACUACGUCUGAGUAUACCGUCAUAAUGCACGGAGAGAAGUUUCGCACCAUUGAGGGCAUCGUGAUGGCGGCCGACACCUCACGAUCCUUGUCCCCCUUGGAAAAGUUCGGUCAAGGUUUCCUGGAGCGACUGGUGGGCUUCGAGAUGCCCCACAAGCUGCUUGAGAGGGUCACCAUUGUCGAUACACCCGGCAUCAUCGAGAACCGCAAACAGCAGGAGAGAGGAUACCCUUACAAUGAAGUAUGCCAGUGGUUCAUUGAUCGGGCUGAUCUCAUCUUCCUGGUGUUUGACCCCACCAAACUUGACGUUGGAGGGGAGCUUGAAAUGCUCUUCAGACAGAUGAAGGGGCGUGAGUCCCAAAUCCGUCUCAUUCUCAACAAGGCUGACAGUCUCUCCACCCAGGACCUGAUGAGGGUCUACGGAGCCCUGUUCUGGAGCAUGGCGCCCCUCAUUAACGCCACAGAACCUCCUCGGGUGUAUGUGAGCUCUUUUUGGCCUCUGGACUACGUUGUAGAUACUAGCCGGGACCUCUUUAUGAAGGAGGAGAUCUCUCUGCUGGAAGACCUCAACCAGGUGAUUGAGAACCAGAUAGAAAAUAAAAUAGCGUUCAUCCGUCAGCAUGGCAUCCGUGUUCGCAUCCACGCCCUCCUUGUGGACCGCUACCUCCACACCUACUACGACAAGCUGGGCUGGUUUAAUGACCCCCACGAGGUGUUCCACGACAUUGUCACUGACCCAGACAAGUACUACAUCUUCAAAUCCAUUCUGGCCAAGACCAACGUCAGCAAGUUUGACCUGCCUAGCAAGGAGGCCUAUCAGGAUUUCUUCGGCGUAAAUCCCAUGUCCAGCUUCCAGCAGCUCUCCUACCACUGCAGCUGGACCGGAGGCUGCAUGCUGGAUCGUUUAGAGAAGGCCAUCUCACAGGAGCUACCGAGUCUACUCAUGAGUGUUAGUAAGGACGUGCCUGUUCCGACCAAACCUGCCCCCACACCUCAGACCCCGCUAUCCGCCACCUGUGAGGGCCCUGAAUGUGAGGAGAAACCCAAAAACCGUUGGAGGAAGCAGUGAGAUGGAUGGGAACAGCGCAGAAUGAGAAGGCACAGAGGCAGAUGGCAACAGCCUUGGGGCUUUUCUGCACGUUCUAGAAACUGAACAUGGGGAGCCAAACAAAAAGUGGUACUCUGCACACCUGGGUACAAAAACACCUAAAAAUACAUGGUAAUGAUAAUGGUAAUGGUUUUAUUUCAUUUGAACAUACAUCAGAUUACAUCCCAUAAUCAGUUCACAGUUCCACAUGUCCAAAAGGAGUAGGAAGAAGCAAAGCUUAUUAAAUCCUACCCCUCCAUCUGGUACUUUUACAAUCAGUAACUGUUACAUUUGUUCACUUCCUGCUUUCCAUAAUACAGUUUAGGUUUUUUUUUUGUUUUUUUUUAAUAAUGCACCUCGUACCGAAGUACAAGGUGAUAUGACCAUCCAAUGACAUAAUGUGUAUCAUAGUAAGUGUCAAUAUAGUGAUAUAUAUAGCACAUCAUGACUGGUUCAAGACUCUUCAUCCUUGUAUUUACUUCUCAGAACUUAUUUAUGUUGGAUUAAAUGGAUUUUUCCAAUUAUAACACUUCAACUAGUCUUAGAAUAACAUUAAAUCAUGUUAAAUUAUAUUGAUAGAGAGGAUAUCUAAAAUGUUGUCAGCUUGACAAAAGAAUGAACUAAAUUCAUGGAACAAAUAUUGAACCACCAUGGUUAAAAUAGCUCAUAAGAGUUUAAUUUUUUGGCAGUAUAAUGCCAUUGCCAGUGGCGGAGCUACAGUCACUCUCCGGCCACCCUACUGGCCAUCUAGACAAUAGAGGUAUCAACAUAAGACCACCUCUGUGUGAGUAAUGGUCUCACCUUGGCCACCUCAAUGAAAAAUGUCUGACUCCGCCUAUGGCUGUAUCUUUAUCAAGAGAACUAUGGAAUUGGCCAAAUACUUAAAUUACAAAUACUUAAACCUUAUGAACUACCUGUCUUUACAUCAUUGUAUUUAUUCACACAAAUGUCCCACAUGGGCACCAGUGAAGUGUCCUUAAAACCUAUGCAGGAUUACUAGAAGGUGCACCAUACACUCAGUUGUGGUUGAUGAAGAUGUCAUCUUAGACAUUUUAAUGUUUCCAUUUCCAACACUAGUACUAAAAUCAUGUGUAUUGUUCUUUGAAUAAUACAUUAAAGCCUUUAUAUACCAUCUGCAUGACAUAUAGUCUUCCAUGAAGGCAUUCUUUCUUCAUUUAGAUCCGUUUUAUUUUGAGUAAAAAAUAUUUUCAAAUAUACUCUGCUCUGUUUCCUAUUUUAGGAUACUAAGUCACCACUGUGAAUGAAAAGAUAUUUAACUGUAAGAUCCUUAUAUACUGUAUAUCCUUGCUGACUGUGGAUUUUUAAUGUUAAUUGCAUCAGUUUGUCUGCUAAUAAACAGUCACAGAGAAAGAAGGAUAGAUACUUUUGACUGGUUUGUGCCUGCAGAGCCCAAAAUGUCCACUGGAAGGCGCCGCCAAUGUAUUUGUUCAAGAUAUCAGGGAAAUUUACAGAAUUACCAGUGAGUCAACACCAUCCUCCUUGGAUGGCACUACAGUAGGGGUCUCAAACUCAAAUUACCUGGGGGCCACUGGAGCUAGGGUCUGGGCAAGGCUGAGCCGCAUCAGGUUUUCCAAAAAAAAAAAAAAAACGCAUUUAUUAAAAACAGAAAAAUAUACAAACUUUUUCAGUGCUUUGGUUCCGAUUUUCUACAAUAAAAGCUCUGAUAAAACAUUCCACUGUUCUCAAAUAUCUUCAUUUUUAUUUUUCUGCACAAAAUAAGAUGAAAAAUAAAUA